AUGCAGAAGCGUAUUGCCGUCUGGGUCGUGCUGGCCCAUCAUCAGAUUGUUCAAAUGCUGGCCGACGCAGGAAGUAACCUGGACUGCGAUAAGCCUGGGGAGUGGUCGCCGUUAACCAUGGUUAUCGAUGACGGGUUUAUCAAGUUUGCCCAGAUCCUCCUUGAACACGAGGCCGAUAGCGAGGUGGAAGGACCUGACAACUGGACCCCUCUCCGUUACGCUGUCUCCAAAGGACGGGCAGAUUUAUGUCAACUUUUACUUGACAAUAGGGCCAAUGCAAAUACCAGAAGUGGAGGAGAUCCUUUACUGGUUGUGGCUGCAGCACGCGGAAACCUCGAAAUAGUCAAGCUGCUUGUCGAGAACCGUGCUCGAAUUAACGCUGUGGACUCUAUUGGUCGGACAGCACUAGUCAGGGCUGCAGACGAGGGCCAUGUGGCUGUUGUAGCUUAUCUUCUUGACAGCGAAGCCGAUAUAAAUCAUUCGGACAAAUAUGGCCAGACUGCGGUUAUUCUUGCUGCAGGCAGUGGGAGGCAUGAAACGCUACGACUGUUGUGUGACCGAGGGGCAGAUAUACACAAGGCCACCAGUGACGGCUGGACGGCUCUUGAUCUUUUACGUACAGACGCGGAGGCCACCCGAAUUCUGGUUGAGUAUCGCGGUGAUGUAAACAGGCUGGCAUACGGCGGGACCCCAUGCAUGCGAGCAGCUUGGAAUAAAUGGGUUGAACCCCUCAAAGUAAUCUUGAGCGCCAAACCUGACCUGGAGAUUCAAGACGAUGACGGGGACACAGCCUUGACUGUGGCCGUGAGAAACGGCUCCUCAGAGGAGGUGGUUCGUCUACUUCUAGAAGCUGGUGCGAACGUCAAUCAUCAGACGAAUUCCAAGGGCUUUCCCCUUCGCGAUGCUGUUGUGUCAAACAAAGUGAAGACAGUGCGCACAGUUUUGGAAUACCGCCCGGAUCUCAGUCUCAGGGACAGGAAUGGGGCUACAGCACUUCACUGCAUAACACGCUCGACGCCCGUGGAGAUUCCUAGACUUCUUUGCAACGCCGGCUCGAACCUUGAGGGCCUCGACAAGGACGGCACUUCAUCUCAAAGAAAGCCAAACUCAACAUCACUGGCGGGAAAUUCGGCGGCCCGCUUCAUAUUGCUUGCCGAGAUUCCAAUCACGAACUUGCACGAAUCCUUGUCUCGGAGUUUUAACCUGAUCGAUCCGCGUAUGGGCACGCCUUUGCAAUCAGCCUGUCUCCCGGCGUGGAACGGAACUGAACUGCAAGAGAAGACUAUCUCAUAUCUUAUCCAUGGUGCUAAGGCCGACGUCACGAUUUCCGGCGGGGAACAAGGCUGUGCCCUUAAUGCCGCAUGUGCAUGGACGUCACCAAAAGUUGUGAGAUGGAUGCUUGACGAAGGCGCAAGCGUUGAUCUUGAAGAUGGGAUGGGUCGCAGAGUGAUACAUUUUGCGGCGAUGGGCAACCUAGAGCAUUUACAGCUGAUCCUUGGCGCGGGAGGGGACGUUGACAUGUGUGAUAAAGUAGGGAGAUCGACACUCCACUGGGCCGUCAUUGGCGAGGCAUGGCGCCGUCUCGUGAAUCAGGCCGAUAAAGAUGGCUGGACUCCUUUGCUUUGGGCCGCGAGAUGGGUCGGGACACGGAAUAACUACGACGUCAACACUGGUAUACAGAAAAGGAUGAUCCAGCUGCUGUUGGAUCGAGGCGCCGACCCUUGUGUCAGGUCGACGGACGUAGAGAGAAGGUGGUCCGCCGUCAAGCUCGCAAGGUACCAUGGACAGGACCGUGACAUUGUGCAGUUGUUGAUAGAGGCCGAGAAGAAGUUGGCAGACAGCGGAACAGGCGGUAGGUGGGAUGAGCAGUUCCAUGCUUCGCGCAAGGCCAAAGGUUAUGAUGGAUUUUGCGAUGGUUGUUACAAUUAUCAUUGCCAAGUUUUCUGGGACUUUGACUUUUGUUUCAAGUGCUAUCUCAGCAGGGAUCUAACUCAUCCUGGUCAUGGGUUUGAUGAGAACGGGCCUGAGUACGAGGAAGUCGAGGAGCCAGCUGAUGAUGAGAUCAGCGAUAAUACCAUCGAGACUGAGGAUAGCGAUAACGAGUCUGAAGAGGGAACGGAGGAGGACGACGAUGAAACGACAAACAGGAUGAUGUUUGAAGAGAGACUUCCUGACUACAUAUGUCCCUUGCUAUAUGUAUCUUCUUCUUCUCCUCCACUCACACCGACAAUGUCGUUCCUCUUCCGCUGGUGGUCGAGUCCAAAGGACUCGUCGUCAUCAUCAAUUCCUCCGAGCAGCUCCUCACCGGAUGAGCGACAACAGCAAUUCUCUACUCCUCCUCCUCCACCACCUCCUCCUCCUGCCACAGACUCUACAACUACACAGCAACUAGAGACCCAAUUACAGCCACUAUCCCGAAUACCGAACAACCUAAAACUCCUCGUCGGCGGCAGCAUAUUCUUCCUGCUCUCCACCGUCGUGACGCGCCGCGCGCUGCACCGGCGCAGAAUCGCGUCCAUCCCGCCCUUCUACACAGGGUCGAUGUACCACAAGCCGUACGUCAACGGCGCCAUGGAGGCGUUCGAGGCGCUCAACAUCGCCACUAUCAACGUCGUGUCCCUCGCCAUGCUCGGCGUGGGCGGCACCAUGUACGCGCUCGACGUCAACACCAUCGACGACCUGCGCCGGUUGAUGCGUCGCGGGAUGGGCAUCGAAGGCACGCCGGGGCCUAGUGAUCGCCAACUGGAGGAGGAGUUAGAGGAGUGGCUGGCCACCGUCUUGGAUAAGAAGCUGUUGGAGAAGAAGUUGAAGGAAAUAAAGGAACAGGAGGGGGAACAACAGCAACGGACGGAUGAGAAGGAACGAUAG